GAAUACAUGGCAAAUAAGAACAAUGUGACUGAGUUUAUCCUUUUGGGACUUACCCAGAAUCCCAAGGGGCAGAAAGUUCUAUUUGUCACCUUCUUAUUCAUUUAUAUAGUGACAAUACUGGGCAACAUGCUCAUCAUGGUGACAAUCAUGGCCAGCCAGUCCCUGGGUUCCCCUAUGUACUUUUUUCUGGCUUAUUUAUCAUUUAUUGAUACUGUCUAUUCGACCACCAUUGCUCCCAAAAUGAUUGUAGACUUGCUCUAUGAGAAAAAGACCAUUUCCUUCCAGGCUUGUAUGACUCAAGUUUUUAUAGAUCAUUUCUUCGCUGGUGCUGAAGUCAUCCUUCUGGUGGUGAUGGCUUAUGACCGAUAUGUGGCCAUCUGCAAACCUCUUCACUACAUGUCCAUCAUGAAUCGGCGGGUGUGUGUCCUUAUGCUAUUGGUGGCCUGGAUGGGAGGCUUUCUUCACUCUUUGGUUCAGUUCCUUGUUAUUUAUCGGCUCCCUUUCUGUGGCCCCAACAUCAUCGACAACUUUGUGUGCGAUAUGUAUCCCUUACUGAAACUCGCUUGCACCAACACCUACCUCAUAGGGCUUUCUAUGAUAGCUAACGGAGGGGCGAUUUGUUCCCUCACUUUCUUAAUUCUCCUGGUGUCCUACGGGAUCAUAUUGAACUCUCUUAAGUCUCACGGAUUGGAAGGGAGACGCAAAGCCUUCUACACCUGUGCAUCGCACAUCACUGUGGUCAUUCUAUUCUUCGUCCCCUGCAUCUUCCUGUAUGCAAGGCCCAGUUCCACCUUUCCCAUUGACAAGUCCGUGACGGUCGUUUUGACGUUCAUAACCCCAAUGCUGAAUCCUCUAAUCUACACCCUGAGGAAUGCAGAAAUGAAAAAUGCCAUGAGGAAACUGUGGAGUAAAAACGUGGUUUUAGUUGGGAGAGGGCUGUAA